AAACGCCCACAGGUGGCUGAUACGAAGAGCACCUCCUUCAUCAUCUUCCUAGAAGUUUCCUGUACCUCAAUGUGCCUGAUCCCCUGGAGAUAUAUCCAAUUCUUGCUGUGAUCACCAUUCAGAGAUGACCUUAGUGUUCUCAUGGCUCCUGCAGUAAAUCUGUACCCAGUGCUCUGAGUCCAGGACAUAGCAAUGAACCUAAGAUUUCUUCUGACAUCCAGACAUCUCUUCUGGAUCCUCAUAGCCCCUCCAUUGAUGGCUUUUGCAGGCUGUGAUGAAACAUCGUAUUCCUAUUUGCUGAAUGAGUACUGCCUGCAGCAGUUCCAACUGGAGAUGGAAGGUUUGGGAGUUCGGCUAUGGUGUGACUGGAAGGCAACAGAAGAGAUCUAUACCGAUGUGACUAACUGCACCCGUCUCCUGGCAAACCAUCAGAACUGUUAUUGGCCGAACCAUAUAGUGGAUCAUUUCUUCACAAAUAUUCAUAGAAACUAUUUCAAGAACUGUGCCCUGACUGGCAGGCUACCAGCGGACCCACCAUUUCCUGUCCUGUGCUCUUUCAUCUUUAUCCCCAUCCUUAUAACCGUCCUGAUGACAGCACUUGUUGUGUGGAGAAGCAAGCGCAGCGAAGGAAUUGUUUGACAGCCGUGACAAACCCUUUCUAAAGAUUGUCUCUACAUCCAAGCUUGGGGAAGAGUGGAACUCUGUUACCUUAAUUCUGUAUUCUGUUUGAAGCACAAGCCUCCAAAAUAAACCCUUAACAAGUUAUUGUGAAGCAUCCAAGAUGGCCUCUAUUACAGCCUUUUGUGAUAUAUUUGACUGGUUGAAUUUUAACAUAGGGCAAAGGACAUAAAGAUUGAAGCUGUGAGCAUGAAAGUUUGCAGCCAAUUCAAUUUAACAGUACCAAUUUGUGAUACAAAAAGACAGGGUUUUUUUCCAUUAUAACAGCAACUCUGAUGUGAACUGAGGACCCAAAUGACUGAGAUAAAGUCAUUAAGGCUGCUGAAAAACAGAAUAUGUAGUAGUAAAUCUUAAUGAAGACAAUGUUGCAUUGUAUGUGGAUUUCUUUGUAGCAUAGUUCCCAAAAUGACACAU